AUGGCUCUCUUCGGUUCGUCCUCUGCUUCCGGGUCUUCCUCCGACUCGCCCACCCAGCAAGAAGUCAAGGCGGCAAUCAUGAAGCAGCUCCAACAAGAAGCUGCCAUGGCCAACGCCCGAAACCUAAUUAGCAAAGUCAACGAGCACUGCUUCGAUCACUGCAUCCCCGCUCCGGGGUCGACCAUGACCUCGAAAGAGGAAAGCUGUCUGUCUCACUGCAUGGAGAAAUACAUUUCGCUGUGGAACGCUACCAGCCGGACUUAUAUCGCUCGUGUGGCGACUGAGAGCAAGAAACUCGGCGGACAGGAUACCAUUGCUAUGAACUCGUUGGCUACUGGUGGUGGAGGAGACUCUAGCCUCUAA